CAAAGCGUCUGGUAUCUAAGGGACCAAACCAAGGCUAUACACACUGGUAUACACUCUUGCGAAGAUUUAGCAGCUCACUCGCACAUGUAAACUUGUUUGCAGUGUUGUGGGUGUUCUGUUUUGCCGGUAUACCACGGAUGUAUACCACCGACUCCUGAUUAAAUAUUAGGUGAUUGUGAUGUCUGGAAGUUGUGACAAGUUUGCGGAACAUUUGUCAGGAUUGUUGUAUGUGUGUUACACGAUCUACCCUGGAAAAAAACAGUAUAAAGUGGGUCUUUUUGUGAUUCAUACUUUGAAGUUGCAGAAUACCGGUUGACGUUAUAUUAUACAGGGAGUUAACUCCUUCGUUUGAGAAGGUUACAUUAUUGGAUUUUACCGGUAAACGACGCACUGCGGUUUCUCAUUCGAUUCGGUGCUGGUCCAAUAUAUUUUUUGAAGGCAGUACAUUAUCCUGUUGCAGUAAUGACGGUGAAAAUUAUGUUCAGGUGAUGCCGAUGAUAAUCAUGACUAUGAGCCUUUGUAAUGUAUUUAUGAUGUAAACACAUCGAGACGACUUAAUUGGAUAGUAACUCUAGACAAGGACUUAUAACAUUAUGCCGGUCGCAAAAAACAAAUCCAAAACGAAGAAGGGUGACGAGGGAAAGACCAAGGUGAAGAAAAAGGAAGAGCCAACUCCGACACCGAACCAAGAGAAUAUUAGUCCUUCGGUCCAAGAAUGUCGUCAGAUACUUGUCAUGUACACCAAUCCUCUUGCCAACACCGUGAUGGCUUAUGACAUGAUUAGACAUCUCCUGGAGAAGGUCGUCAUUGACAGCGAUAAAGCUCGUUUGAUCAGGCGGAUGGGGAAGGGGGACAACCCUGAGACGAACAGACAAAUCUUAGCUGAGCUUGGAACCAGAGGGGUGAGGGAGUUCGAGGUGUACGUCGAAGGGAUUCGGCAACAAGGAUUCAGUCUCCUGGCGGACCUUCUAGAGCAAAAACACUUUUCAAAACUCAUUAACUCUCUUGAUCCAAUCGCCAAGAGACUCGGACACCACUGGAAGAGAAUGGCUCUAGAGUUGGGGACAGCCGGCUUUAUCCCGAAGAUUGAGAACAAGUACGCGAAGGUACGGGAGCAAGCAUUAUACAGUCUCCUCAUAUGGGAAGAAACAUCUGGGGUUGCGGCUACGGAGAAGAGAUUGCUUGAUGCCCUAGACUACUGUUCAAUGAAAAAUACAAUAGCAUGUGUCUGGGGGACGAAGAAGAAAAAGAAAGGCAAAAAGAAAGGAAAAGGAAAAAAGAAGAAAUAAACUGUUCAAUCGAAGGAAACCAGAGUUUCGAACGAACUUGCCAAAGUUGGCACUGAUGACGUCAUCUUAUCACGUGCCUCGUAUCUGUCCUAUGGAUGUGUUUUUUAUAUUACUGUGUGUGCCGGAAUACGCGAGCUUUCUGAGCAAAAAACUUUUUGAAAUUGGAAGCUCUCCAUUGAAGCUUUCAUUUGUCCACCGCUUCUCGAUGAAAGAGACGACUAUAACCUUAUGCCUCUAAUCAAUCAUAUUUAUAGGAUCACGUGCUUCUGUCAACUUUAGAUAUCUUAUUUGAUAUUGGUUUGUCGAUGGAGGAAGGGAUGCAUCUGGAUAUCUUUGCGAUUUUUCAAACUUUUCAAUGACUUAUUUUCAUUCUUCGAGCUUCUUCCGAUAGUGAUUAGUUUUGACUUCAUCACACCAGGGGAAGCUUCUCGUUGAUUGUCGGAGUGUACGACAGGUGUAAUUUAGAAGACUAUAUGUUGUUACGUCAGCAUCAACAUCGUCAUCAGAAGAGAAGAGAGAAAAAAAAAUCAUGUUCAGUGGCUCAAUCUCUUGUCCUCAUCCUCAUCGCUAUAUCAGCAUUGUCGCUCUUUUCUCUUUCGCGAAUAUGUGACAUCUAACAAUAUAGAAAUUAUGAUAAUGUCUUUUGUUCGUUAUUAUUACAGGGCGAUCAUGAUAUUUUAAAAAUUGGAAGGUUAUUUACGUUAGAUAAGACCAAAUCAUGACAAGUUUAUGUUUCAAGUUGAUUGCAACUUAUUCUGAAUACCCAAUUCAUGAAUUAAGCGACAUGUAUUAUGGUAUUAUAAUGCAGACACGACAUUUGACUGAGGGGAGGGAGCUUAUAAAGAAGAAGUAAGAAUGAUUGGGUAUGUAUUUGAACUGAUUCUCGAAUCGGUCAUAUCGGUAGCAGUGGUCUCCUAUGAUAUAAAAUACCUAU